AUGUCCCACUGGAGCGAUCUCAAUUACUAUCCAGCCUUCCCGGAUAACAAUGCUUCAAAACCGAUCUACUUUGAGACCCCUGGCUUGGAACCCGCGGCUGUCCUCGGCAGCCGGCACGUUCUCCUCAUAUGGGACAACGACCGGGGUGGCACGCUGGUUCAUCAAGUCAUGCAGCUCACGGGCAUUCCAAGCCGUUAUUUCUACGACACAUCCCCCGUCGCGAAGCUUCGGAAUCCAGCCACCCGUCCUCUCAAUACCUAUAUCUCACUGGGCACUUUCACUCGUGCUCAACGAGACGCAAUCCUUGAGCUGGCCAAGGCGGUGCCAUACGACCCAGCCUCGUACAUCAACGGAUGCCAAGUUUGGACGAGGGAUCUGCUCCAGGCGAUGAUAGCACACGGAUACUUGGCGGAAUCUACAUUCCGCCAGAUUGAGGCGGUCGUCCCGCUCAUCCAUCGCCGAGCUUGA